ACUGUGUGUGUGGCGCAUUCAGUUACGCUGAAAUAAUGUGGAUACAUAGAUUUCUUUAAUCCAGAUUCUGCCCUCAACUAAAUUUGGAUGUAUAAUCCAGCUGUACCCCGAUGCACAGACGUUGAACGUUGUGUGCAGAACAUUUUGUGCAUGUGAGGUGCGGAUGUCCUUGUUUCGUUUCAAUUUGCUGAUAAAGUUGGGUUGAUUGAAACGGCUGUCAUGAUGGCGGCUCCCAUGUCGUGGAGGAAGCUUGUGUACUCACCGGUCCUCACCGGGGUUUUCACCCGAAUAUCAGACCGAUUGUUCCGCACACGGGAUCGGAGGAGAGGGUCAUCCGUGUUGCUCUUAGCCCCUCUCCUAGCGGAGGCAGACCCCUCUCCCCUUCCUGUCGUCAGGUCCCCUGGGUCGGAUGAAGUUCAGGGCACCGAUGGCCUCCGUGCCCGCUUCCGCUGGAUGGCAGAACACGUGCCCGCCUUCAGGGUGCCCGGCACACACAUCCACAUCCUCACAUCCCCUGACCAAUUCUACCACACCAUGAAGGCCCGUAUCAAGACUGCUAAGAGGCGGGUGGUGAUGGCCUCCCUGUAUCUGGGUACAGGGCCGCUGGAACAGGAGCUGGUGGACUGUAUGCAGGAAGCUCUGGAGCGUUCACAGGAGGGUGACAACCCUGACCUGCAGGUCUCCAUUCUACUUGACUACACGCGUGGCUCACGAGGUAAGACUAACUCUAGGACCAUGUUGCUGCCGUUGCUGAAGCAGUACAGCAGUCAGAUGCGUGUAUCUUUGUACCAUACCCCUGACCUGAGAGGGCUGCUCCGGCGCCUGGUCCCACAGCGCUUCAACGAGACCAUCGGGGUACAGCACAUCAAAGCUUACCUGUUUGAUGACGACCUCAUCAUCAGCGGGGCCAACCUGAGUGACUCGUACUUCACCAACAGACAGGACCGCUACGUGCUCCUUGAGAACUGUGGGGAGGUGGCCGACUUCUUCUCUGAUCUGGUGGGCGCCGUGGGUGACGUGUCGUUACAGCUACAGACCGACAACUCUGUGAGCAUGAUGUACGGCAUGGUGCACCCCUACAGAGGCAACAGGGAUGAUUUUUCGGCGUCGGCUCGGCAACACAUUAUGGAGGUGGUCAACACUGCUCACGUGCGGCAACACAUCGCCGAAUCAGAACGUUUAGUGGGGGAGGAAGGAGGGAAGGAGGAUACUUGGGUUUUUCCUCUGGUUCAGAUGAAACCUCUGGGAAUACAGGUGGAUGAGCAGGUCACACAGCGUUUGCUGACUGAUGCAGGUCCUGGUGUGACGGUGUUUCUGACGUCGGGGUAUUUCAACCUGACCAGGGCCUACAUGUCGCUGGUUCUCGGGCUGGGCGCCGACUACCGGAUCCUCACCGCCUCCCCGGAGGUCAACGGGUUUUUCGGCGCCAAGGGCAUUGCCGGAGAGAUCCCAGCCGCCUACAUCCACAUUGCCAGACAGUUCUACAGCAAAGUGUGUCAGCUGGGACAGCAGGAGAGGGUUCACCUCCACGAGUACCACAGAGCACAAUGGACCUUCCACGCCAAGGGGUUGUGGUACCACCUACGGGGGCAAGUGCGGCCAUGCCUGACACUGAUUGGGUCUCCUAACUUUGGCUAUCGAUCUGUGCACCGGGACCUGGAGGCCCAGAUCGCCAUAGUAACAGAGAACCAGGUACUACAGGCCCAGCUGCAGGAGGAGCAGGAGAUGUUGUACCAGAGGUCUACAGAGGUGUCCAGCUCUACGUUCCAGCAGCCAGACCACCAUGUGAAACUGUGGGUCAAACUGCUUACUCCCCUCAUCAAGAACUUCUUCUGAGAGACACCGCCUAACACAGGAAGCAGACUGUGGCCAAUACCCACUUGGCAGGCUUCUCCUUGGUCUUGAGGUUGAAGGUCCAGAUGGUGGGGCCCCUCAUACAGGUCUUGUUGAUGGGACACUCCUCGUACACAUCUUGGUCUCCUGAUGUUUUGACCGGUACCGCCUUGAUGAAGAUCGGCAUGUUGGGUGUCAGCUCCUUCAGACGAGCGUCCACUAUCAUCCCCGUCUGGGUGUCCCAGCGCGCCCCUGCACACACACUACCCCCCCCCACACACACUGUAUAAAGGGUUGAACUCUAAACAUAGAAACAUUUGUCAUCACUCCAUCCCCUGUGACAUCGCCACAUUGUGUGUGUGUGUGUGUGUGUCUACAGUGCUGUACAAACAGAUCCCUUAGUUUACCAAUGCCUGAGAUAUAGUACUGAGUUUACUACUGUGUUUUCAUUGAACUAUAAACAUUCGCUACAUAUAGACCAACAGGAGGAACUGUAGCACAGGAUGUUUUGUACAUUCAAUAAACUCAUUAGUUCUGUAUUGACAGAGUGGAAUCUGGUACAUGAGUCUGUGACUGUAAAUAGCCAGGUGUGUCUGAAAUUGAAUACACAAGUGUGUGUGUGGAGUGUUGCGAUCCCUGGAGGAGCCUUAAAGUGAAAAUCCACUUAAAUAUAUUUUUCUUCAUGAUGUGGCUGGUGACACUUUACUUCUUGAAAACUUGACUGCUGACAUGCAAAACAUUUUGGGACCAUAUCAACAGUGGACUAAUAAAAAAAUACCUAAAGAUA